UGUGGAACCGUGAACUCCUUAGAAGUUAGAACCAAGAUUCCUAUGUUAGAACCAGAGUUGAACCAGAGUAUGUUAGAACUUGGUUAAAACCAAGUUAAAACCAAGGGUAGAACUCGGUGGAGCCGAAGCGGCAUAUAGGAUUUAUUGCAGGAAAACCAUGGCACAUCAGGCUUUUCUUACCGAAUAUUUGGACAUGCCGCCUGUGACCAGAGUUUACACCACGGCUUGCGUGCUCACAACGCUGGCUGUUCAACUUGAUUUGGUCUCUCCAUUUCAACUGUACUUCAACCCUCGCCUUAUUGUAUCAAAAUAUCAGUUCUGGCGACUCAUCACGACGUUCCUUUUCUUCGGUCCGGUGGGCUUCACGUUCCUGUUCAACCUGAUCUUCACGUACCGCUACUGCCGCGACCUGGAGGACGGCUCGUUCCGCGGCCGCACCGGCGACUUCGUCGUCAUGUUCGUGUUCGGCGCCGGCUGCAUGGUGCUGAGCGCGCUGGCCGUCAACCUGCUCUUCCUCGGACAGGCCUUCACCAUCAUGCUCGUCUACGUGUGGAGCAGGAGGAACCCCUUCGUCAGGAUGAACUUCUUCGGGCUGAUGAACUUCCAGGCGCCGUACCUGCCGUGGGUGCUGCUGGGCUUCUCGCUGCUGCUCGGCAACUCUGUGUCGGUCGAUAUGGUGGGCAUCGCCGUCGGACACGGCUACUUCUUCCUGGAGGACGUGUUCCCCAACCAGCCGGGCGGCUUCCGCUCGCUACAGGCGCCCCGCUGGCUGCGAUUGCUGGUCGAGGCAGAGCCGGACGCGGCCGACUACGCGCCACCGCCGGAGGACCCGAGACCUGCGCCGGGCCCCGCGGGGCAGCAGCCGGACCCCUGCGCCGGGCCCCGCGGGGCAACAGCCGGACGCCGCGGGGCAGCAGCCGGGCCCCGCGGGGCAGCAGCCGGACGCCGCGGGGCAGCAGCCGGCACGGUGAGCGGCGGCGGCCGGGCUCGCGGGGGGCAGCCAGCCGCCCGCUGCUCGAUCUAAUCAGGGUAAUAUCGUUCACUGCUGGAACUGUGAGCCUCGCUGGGUGAGCGGUGAGUUUCGCCGAGCGCCCGGCGAGCUGGUGAGCUUAGCGCCGGCGAGUCGCACCAGCCGGGCGGCGCGACACACGGCGAUGUGAUUGGCGCUCAGUGCGCCGCCUGUUAUUUAUUGUCGAGCGGACUGCAGAAUAUACGAAUGUGUACACGGUCGA